ACCACUACUAAAUAAAUUAACUGGACUAGCUAAUCAACAAUCGGUAGCUUCUUCUCUCAGUCGAGCCAAGGCAACCAUGAGCAGGAGCUCGAGCUUUGCGAAGGCCAGCAGCCACACCGUCCUCCUCCUGCUGGCUCUCGCCCUCCAGCAGCUUGAGGCAGACAUGUCAAUGUCGUGCUCCGGCAUGCUCUCCGACCUGUCUCCGUGCCUCGGGUUCCUGCAGGGCGAGGAGGACUACCCCUCGGCCGACUGCUGCGACGGCGCGUCAAGCCUCGUGGCGGCCGCGGCCACCACGGCCGACCGGCAGGAGGCGUGCGAGUGCCUCAAGUCAGCCGCGGGAGAGGGCAGCGCCGAGGCGACUGCGGCGCGGGACUUGCCGGCCGACUGCGGCCUCUCCCUGCCGUUCACCAUCUCCCCCGACGUCGACUGUUCCCAGAUUGACUGAAAUAAACCGACUACCCCGAUAUGGCGGAUCAGAUAAAGGCGAGGAGAACGUACUUUGUUCUUGAGCUAUGUUACAAUGACAAAAAUUAUCAUGUGUUGUAACCAUUCGAUCUUAUUACCCAGAAAAAAGGAAGAAAAAACUAGAUGGACACUUGUGUCAAACGUGUGUGCCAUUGUUUAGCCUCGGUUUAUUCUAAUAUGUAAGAGUGUUGUGUUUGUGUGCUACUAUUACUGUACUUCUUUAUGAACACACCUUUAAGAUUAGCUUUGUGCUUUUGUUCA